GGUAAUGUGCAUGCCACUUGCCAAACACGACAAAAGCAUAAGCAACUUUACUGUUGAAGGAUUCACAAUGUUAUAGGAUUUUGCCUGUUCUAUCUACCAUAGGUACCUAAGUUGAUCAAUGUAGAAGCGCACACAUCAAGCAAUUUGUCGAUCUUAGGAGGAAGGGAGGAGAGCUCUGUUGUAACGGCAAUGGCAGUAUUUCUGUAUGCAUUGCUGUUUGCUAUAGUUUUCUCGGCAACUACUUCAGAGGGGGCAGUGUCUCAGUGGUGUGUAGCAGACCCUCAGGCACCUGACUAUUUCCUGCAAAGUGCAUUGGAUUGGGUUUGUUCGUCAGGUGGGGCAGAUUGCAAUUCCAUUCAGCCCAACCAGGCGUGCUAUGAGCCUCAGAAUCUGGUAGCCCAUGCCUCCGUUGCAUUCAACAGCUACUGGCAGAAGUAUAAGAAGCAGGGGGCUUCGUGUUAUUUCAACUCUGCGGCAUUUGUUACAGAAAACAAUCCAAGCAAGGGGAAUUGCGUUUACAAUUUCAUUGUGAGCAGUAGUCCUUCAAGCCCGGCAACUAAUCCCAACUUUCCAGUCUACAAUUCCAGUAUUCCUGGAGGCAUACCUAAUGUAGGUUUCGGACCAUAUUUCUCCAUCGGCACCAGUUUACCAUCAUCAUCUUUGUCUUUGGCAUUUCUGGUGUCUCUGAGUGUGGCUACAUUAAUGCUCACUUAAAGACUUUUGAAUGUGGGCACCCAAGAUGUGUGCUGCAGGGUUUCCAUCUCGAGCCUCAACAGCUCAAAAUAAAGAUGGCCUGUAUGAAAUGGUAUUGAUUUGUUUAACACGUAGUGAGGGAUAUGGUGAUAUAGAUGCUCAUCUUAGUAGUUAUCCUGUGCAAGUAUUUUGGUUUGUGAAAAAAAUUACAUAGUUAACGUAAUUUGAAGAUGGGCAUGCCAUUCAGGUCUGUCUUAUUCGUUUUCUUACCAGAGAGAUGCUUAUGCCUAUAGAGGAUGUAUUGUUCCCAAUAUUGUAAAUACAUUGUACUAGUGGGUGGUGCAUGGAUAUAAUGGAUAUAUGGGAAUACUCUCAUUUCUGUUGA